GGCUGCGAAAAGCGAUGUGGUCCUAUACUUAUCCUCCCCACCAACCACCGCCAUCGCAAGGCCCAAUCUAGACGGGGCCUCAUAAUCGGGCCUGUACGUGUGGCCCAACACACCCUCCACCUCUCUGGACAGCCCAAAAAAGUUGAACUGCACCUCGAGAUGCGAAAAGCAGUCGCCCGACGGCAGCUGGUAGUUAUGAAUCCUGUCGUCCUCUUUCGUUAUGGGAACAACAUUCACCCCAAUCUCCACAAUCUCAUUUACGGACAAGACUAUGCUAUUGGUGUCCGUUAUCCUCUGCAAUGUGACGUCACCAUUUUCGGAUCUCCACUGGGACAGUUCUCUGCCGUCCAACCCGAACCUCAAGUGGUCCGUGUUUUGGUCCCAUUUGUCGGCCGUGGUUGCCUCCACGGAGAAGUUGUGGGGCCCGAAGCGGAGGCCCAGGGCCUGAAUCCAGGUGUAGUCUCGGGCCCGGCCCGUGGGCCUGUGGCCUAUGAAGCGGGCGUUGAUAUGGAGGUUUUUGUCAGAGACGAGUGCGAAGUGCUCAUUUUUCUUGCCGUGGAAGUAGAAGACACCGCCGUCCGGGCCGAUGAACCUGCACAUUGGAGAAUUGCAAUCUACGUAACAAGCUUUGGCCUUUGGGUCAGUUGGGGUAGUGGACGGGCACUGACUCGGGCAACCAAUGCGUUUGAGGAAGCAACGGGACGCACUCCUCGUGCAGGUCCUAACUUGUGGAAUAACAAGUGCACAUAUUUG